AACUCGCCGCUCGCCGCUCGCCGGGAAACUUACUGCUGGCGGAAGACCUCAGACCUCACUCACGUUCGCGUUCCUCGGACGAGGGCUCGGCAGCGAACCGAGUGCCCGUGUCGUGUCGUCCUUCGUUCCUAGCCCGGUUUCGGCUGCCUCGCUCUCAAGCAGGCACUGGCAGGCAGCCCGCCACCACAUGCGCGCACCGCCACCGCUGGUCCCACGGCGCGGCACGCCGCGUCCGCUGUCGUUUCUUUUCGUCGCCGAUGCGGAAUAAACAAAUCGCGUAGCCAGCCCAGCCCAACCACAGAGGCACAGGCACUGCCGGGGCAGGGCAGGGCAGGCCGUCAGGCACAUCGGCACAGCAGCGCGAGCCGGCCUAGUCGGAGGAGAAAACCCCACACGCGCACACACUGGCUGGGUAGACGCCGCUCGCGCUCCGCCGCUAGAGGCUGCCUGUUUUGCUGCCGCCUCAUUGCUUCGCUCCUCCUCCCUCGCCGCCGCCUCCUCGUGGCGAGCGAGUCGAAUCCAUUCCCUCCCACCCCACGGGCGCCGGCCGAUACCGACCCAGAGCUCGGACGCGCCGAGGCGAGGCCACCGCCGGAAGCAUUCUCGCCUGCUCGCCGCGGGGACGGUAGCUACCUAGGGGGGGGGGGGGGGGGGGGUAAGGAGGAGCGAGGCCGUCGCCCCGUCCGGUCUUCGUGUGCUGUGUUCAGCAGCUAGCAGUGCGUGCCGAGAUGUUCGCGAGCCGGCCGGUGGUGCACCCGCUGGAGGUGGCGGCGCCCGCGCAUCCGGUGCAGCAGCCGGCGCCGGGCGUUCUGAUGAAGGACCUGCCCGGGAUGCCGGGGACGCCCGGAGGCCUCGGCCUCCGCGUCCUGCAGCUCCUCUUCGCAGCCAUCUCGCUGGCCGUCAUGUCGUCCACCGCCGACUUCGCCAGUGUCUCCGCCUUCUGCUACUUAAUUACAACAACCGUCUUGCAAUGUGUGUGGAGCCUUACGGUAGCUAUUGUGGACAUAUAUGCACUGCUUGUUAAGCGUUGUUUACGAAAUCGUCGGGCUGUUACUCUCUUUUCCAUUGGAGACGGGAUCACAUGGCUAGUGUCCUUAUCUGGAGCAUGCGCUGCGGCAGGAAUCACCGUCCUGAUCGACGCAGAUCUGAUCAUGUGCUCAGAGAACCCUUGUGCUAGUUUUCAGACUGCAGUGGCAAUGGGGUUCAUGUGCUGUUUCUCUCUCUUACCAUCCUUUCUCCUGAACUUUUAUUCGAUCGCAUCUAGUCACGGCUAGCUGAAAAGAAAGAGGAGGAUAGAACCUGAUAUCGGAGCAGUUUGAGCAUCCAAUUGCGGUUUUAGUGACAACAGGAUAGAGUGGCACAGCUGUUAGUGUUAGAAUUGGAAGGUGAAAUAUGUGUAUGGCUCACCAUAUCUAGUUUAACCUGUAAAAAAGAAAUAGGGAACGGCCUGUUUGGCCGCAGCUGCAUUACCUUGCAGUUCUAUGUGGUACUACUAUGUAAAAUGCUUGAAAAUGUUAUAGUUUUAACGUGUCCUGACUCUUCAACCAUGUA